AUGAGAAUUACUUUCGACUUCUCAUAUCGAUCUAUCCCAGAUAUGCUACGAAAGGGAGACAUCAAAGAAGAAAUGGAGAAUAUACUAGGAAGCUUUAACUCCCUUGAGGCUUACUCGCACUUGCUAUUCGCAGAGAUGAAACUUCUGGGCCUUGGUCACCGUGACAAUUAUUUUAUCUGUGCAAGCGUGGCUUCUAUGCGUCUGCAGAGCCAGAUUGACAAACCACCAUAUCGAUUUCUGGAAGCCAUGGAUUCUUGGAACGUUCAUCAAGAAAGGUCAUACGACGUGUGGAGUAUGCUAUACUUGGCGAUAGUAGCAGGCCAUUUCGAAUAUGCAAAAUGGAAGAUCGAGAAUUUCCCGUCGGUUCUGGACAGUGCUUUCAAGAAGAACCUAUUUGUGGGCCUUGUUAUAGGGCCUCCUCACAUCUCAGGAGCCUCUUUAAAAGAUAUCGAUUAUUUCUUCGAGAAAGGACUUUUGACCGAACAGUGCGAUAAUGACCUCAGCGCGAUCGUCUAUAUUAGGAAUCUAAAAAGCUUUACCAGGCAGAACCACACCUCUUGGCAAAGAUAUCUAUCAUUCAAAUUUUUGCUUUGCUGUGGUCUCAAAGCUCUCGUCGGAAGUGAGACGGACUUCAACGCGGAUCGAUUCUCGCACAUUGUUAUGAGGUCUCUCGAGCAUGGGGCGUCUGUUGACUUUUCAGUUACUAUUGACAACUAUCUGAAGCCUCCUGACGAGAUUGAGUUUUAUUUUGAGAAUAUGGAGACACUACAAUUCCAACCUGAAAAGGUACGCGACAGUACUUUUGAGAAGGUGGAUGCAUGGUUGGAACCUGAAGGGCGAAAGAAAGUCACACUUCGACAAUGGAUUGAAUCCAUAGAUUUGAAGGAUAAGAGUUACAUAAUCCAUCUGUUGGAUCGUGCUGAUGAUUCAAGAGAAACUCCGAGGGGGGAUACUAAGGAGGUCACUCCUGAGCAUUCACUAGAUGAGCUCGGCGAGUUUGGCGCUGCAUCAGAUGUAAUAACAUCUCAGAAUUAUAAUGAGGUUCACGAGUCGCCAUUUUUCUCAAUAGCCUCACAGCAAGAUAUGAAGAUUUUGGCUCAACGGCUUAGACAUUUGUCAGGCAAGUUCAAAAAACUGUCUAUUGCUGUCGAGACAUAA